AUUGUACGUAACAUCUUGGACAUAGCACACUCGAUAGUCGCUCAGUCUCGUUUCCAACAGCGCGCGGAGCGUAUGUCAGUUAUACGACUGUUGAUAACAUUACUGUUGCUAGCCUGUUGAGUGAUGGGAUUACUAAACGCCGACCAGAGGGCCGGGGAAGCCAGCACCGAAUUGAUCUUCUUUGUUAACGGGAAGAAGGUCGUUGAACCCCAUCCCGAUCCAGAGUGGACGUUGCUGUGGUAUCUCCGGAGGAAGCUGCGGCUGACGGGAACGAAGUUGGGCUGUGCCGAGGGCGGCUGCGGCGCUUGCACUGUCAUGGUGUCCAAAUACAACAGAAAAGAGAAGAGAAUUAUUCACUUAGCAGUAAACGCGUGUCUUGCUCCAGUAUGCGCCAUGCACGGUUUGGCUGUAACUACAAUCGAGGGAAUAGGCACAACUAAAACGAAACUUCACCCAGUUCAAGAACGUCUGGCUAAAGCUCACGGCUCACAAUGUGGUUUCUGCACACCCGGCAUUGUCAUGUCUAUGUACAGUUUACUCAGAACUACUCAAAAUAUUAAAUACUCAGACCUAGAAGUGGCAUUCCAAGGAAAUCUAUGUCGGUGUACUGGAUAUCGAGCCAUCAUCGAGGGAUACAAAACUUUCAUCGAAGAUUGGGAAGUAAAAAGAGUUGCGAAUGGAACUAGUAGUCACAGCAAUGGAACUAGCAAUGGAAACGGUUGCGCCAUGGGAAAGGAUUGCUGUAAAAAUAAAAUUGACGACAGUGAGACAGAAUUUAUAUUUGAUAAAUCGUCGUUUCUGCCAUACGAUCCAAGUCAGGAGCCAAUUUUUCCACCCGAGUUAAAACUGUACCCAGUAUUGGACGAACAAUAUUUAGUAUACGAGGGAAGCAAAACUACAUGGUAUAGACCGACAGAACUAAGCACGUUACUGAAGUUAAAAGAAAAAUACAAUGAUGCCAAAAUAGUCGUUGGUAAUAGUGAAGUCGGUGUUGAAGUUAAAUUCAAGCAUUGCGUGUAUCCAGUUAUUAUAAUGCCCAAUUUUGUGCCAGAAAUGAACACUAUAAAAGAAAACGAAACUGGACUCGUUGUCGGUGCAUCCGUUACGCUAAUGGAAAUGGAAAAUGUUUUUAAAAGUUACAUAGAUUUAUUGCCAACAUACAAAACGAGGACACUAAAAACUAUCAUCAGCAUGUUAAAUUGGUUUGCGGGCAAACAAAUAAGAAACGUUGCAGCCAUCGGCGGGAAUAUAAUGACUGGAAGUCCAAUAUCCGAUUUGAAUCCAAUUUUGAUGUCAUUAAAAGUCAAAUUAAAUCUUAUGAGCGAAAAAGAUGGUCCACGUUCAGUAUUUAUGGACGAGACUUUCUUCACCGGGUAUAGAAGAAAUGUCGUGAAGCCUAAUGAAAUUUUGCUAUCCAUCGAAGUACCUUACUCUACUAGAUAUCAAUAUUUGAGAGCAUACAAACAGGCCAAACGACGCGAGGAUGAUAUUUCAAUAGUCACAGCAGCAAUAAACGUAGAGUUUGAAAAUCACACAAAUAUAAUUAAAUAUAUAAAUAUAGCUUAUGGCGGUAUGGCUCCUGUAACUAAAGUUGCUGUCAACACGAGUAAAGCUCUCAAAGGACUAAAAUGGGAUGAGCGGAUGGUCGAAAAAACAUAUGAAUGUUUACUAGAAGAAUUUCCUUUGCCUCCUUCAGUUCCAGGAGGAAAUGUUCUUUUUAGACGGACUCUAACAAUGAGUUUGUUUUUUAAAGCAUACUUAGCUAUAGCCAAAGAUGUUUGCAAAGACUACUUAAACGAGGACUUAAUUAUUCCAUAUCAUAGCAGCGGUGCUGAGCAAUUCCACGGUGGCAUGCCAAAGAGUUCUCAGUAUUUUGAAUUAGUUGGAGACAGACAAGUUAAGAGUGACGCUGUUGGCAGACCUAUUACCCAUUUCUCAGCAAUGAAGCAAGUAACUGGCGAAGCUAUAUACUGCGACGAUAUACCAACUGCUGAAGGAGAGCUGUAUUUAGCUUUUGUAUUGAGCUCGAAAGCACAUGCACGAAUUGUAUCAAUUAACGCCGACGAAGCUUUGAAACAACCGGGAGUAGUAGCUUUCUUUUCUGGUAAAGAUUUGACUAAAGAUCAAAAUAGCAUAGGACCAAUUUUCCACGAUGAAGAAUUAUUCGCUACUGAAAAGGUUAUCAGUCAAGGUCAAACAAUCGGUGUUAUUGUGGCUGAGGAUCAACAAACAGCACAAGAUGCGGCUAGAAAAGUAAAAAUUGAGUACGAAGAAUUGCAACCUAUUAUAGUCACAAUAGAAGACGCAAUCAAACAUAACUCUUUCUAUAAACAGUAUCCAAAAAGUAUAAAGAGAGGAGAUCCGGAUAAAGCUUUUGAAGAUCCCAAUAACAUUGUAAUAGAAGGACAGUGUAGGAUGGGAGGGCAAGAACACUUUUAUUUGGAAACUCAUGCUGCAUUUGCAAUUCCAAAGAAAGAAGAUGACGAAUUAGAAAUAAUUUGUUCCAGUCAACAUCCUUCGGAAAUUACAAAAUUAGUAAGCCACAUACUGCACGUUCCAAUGAACAGGAUUGUAACAAAAGUUAAACGAAUGGGUGGAGGAUUUGGAGGAAAAGAAUCUCGUGGAAUGUUAAUUUCUUUACCUGUAGCCCUAGCUGCACACAAACUUCAAAGACCCGUGCGUUGUAUGCUUGAUAGAGAUGAAGACAUGCAAAUGACUGGAACCCGACAUCCAUUUUUAAUUAAGUACAAAGUAGCAUUUACUAAAGAAGGUAAAAUUAUGGGAGCACGUGUAAACAUUUACAAUAACGGCGGAUAUUCCAUCGAUCUUUCUGGACCUGUGGUAGAGAGAGCCAUGUUCCAUUUCGAAAAUGCAUACUACAUACCACACUGUGAGGUCAUUGGUCACAUAUGCAAGACGAACCUACCAUCAAACACUGCUUUCCGUGGAUUUGGCGGACCUCAAGGAAUGUUUGGUGCUGAAAAUAUGGCUUGGGAUAUAGCUAGUAAGCUUGGAAAGACAGCUGAGGAAAUAAGUAGAAUCAAUUUGUACAGAGAGAACUUAACAACGCAUUAUGGACAAUCACUCGUACAUUGCACACUACAAAGAUGCUGGGAUGAAUGUGUGGAAAAGAGUAACCUAGCGCAAAGAAGAAUUGAUAUUGAGAACUUUAACAAACAGCACCGUUGGCGCAAGAGGGGCAUCUACAUCGUUCCAACGAAAUUCGGUAUUGCUUUCACUGAAAAAUUACUCAAUCAAGCAGGAGCACUGCUUAUCAUUUACACUGAUGGAUCUGUGCUCCUCUCUCAUGGUGGUACGGAAAUGGGUCAAGGCUUGCACACGAAAAUGUUGCAAGUCGCUUCACGAGCUCUCGGCGUUGAUAUAUCCAAGAUACACAUAAGUGAAACUGCAACUGAUAAGGUGCCAAAUACGUCUGCCACCGCCGCCAGCGCCGGAUCAGAUCUCAAUGGUAUGGCUGUCCUCGAAGCUUGUGAAACAUUGAACAAAAGAUUGCAGCCGUUUAAGGACAAGAAUCCCGAUGGUAAAUGGGAGGAUUGGGUCCUACAAGCUUACUUGAACCGAGUCAGCUUAUCAGCAACGGGAUUCCACGCGACCCCUGACAUUGGGUACGACUUUAAAAAUAACAUAGGAAAGCCAUUCAACUACUUCACUUUUGGAGCUGCUUGCACAGAAGUCGAAAUCGACUGCUUGAGUGGAGACCAUCAAAUUCUUAGAUCUGACAUUGUAAUGGAUUUGGGUGAAAGUAUCAAUCCUGCGAUUGACAUAGGACAAAUUGAAGGCGGAUUUGUACAGGGAUAUGGGUUGUUUACAAUGGAGGAACUUAUUUACUCGCCAACCGGAACGUUAUACUCUCGUGGGCCUGGUGCUUACAAAAUUCCCGGAUUUGGGGAUAUUCCGCUGGAGUUCAACGUGUCUUUGCUGAAAGGAGCUCCGAACCCAAGAGCAGUUUACUCGUCUAAGGCGGUUGGAGAGCCUCCCCUAUUCCUUGCCAGUUCCGCGUUCUUUGCUAUAAAAGAAGCUAUAAAGGCAGCGCGUGUCGACGCGGGUGUGCCUUUGGACUUUUAUUUGGAGUCUCCUGCCACAUCUGCUAGAAUACGAAUGGCCUGCGAAGAUCAUAUCACUAAGAGAAUCCCACGACCAGAGCCAGGAAGUUUUGUGCCAUGGAACGUAGUUCCCUAGAUUAUUUUUUAAGA